GGUUAAAUCGCGGACAGAAUGAAGGAUCAUAUUGUAAAACACAUUCACCUUUUAACAAGUGAUCAAUCUUCGUACGUGUCUUGACACUUUCGAUGGCGCGUGGAUAUUUUCGUUAUUAAACGUAACAUUUUAUAAAAUCAACGCCCCAAGAAAAUCAGAGAAACCAAUUGUUCGGAAAUUGUAAUUAUAUUCUUUUGGUAGAACGAAGUGUGCGUUUGAGUUUCCCAGAAUAGGAUAAGGAAAAGAAUGUAGAAAAAUUAAACGAGUUAGAUAAGACAAAAAAAUGGAACAAAAACAGCAAAACGACGAUUAUUCAGAUAAAAAGUUGGAAGAAGGAGAGGGAGGGAACUGUUAAGUUUGAUAAAUCGGUAACGAUAUACAUGUUUGCGGUUAUUCGAGCGAAACCAUUCUCGUAUCGUAGCUACGAGUGUACAAUCGAGAACGAUUGUAGAAUUUCAAUAGUAUAAAAAGUUAAAAAAUCAACGUCAAUUUGCAGCGAACGGGUACGCGCGAUGGUCCGUGGAAAGGUCGAUCAAUGGUGGAUCAUUCUCCCAAUAGUAAUUCUCGCGAGCAACGCUUUCGAGAUUCAGUGCCCGGAAAGGUCAUGUAGCUGUUAUCCUAGCCAUAACCGCGAUACUGAGUUACACUGUCCGACUGGAAACGAUUCGGCCUUCAUUGUGAACGUUGAUGCGUACGAAUAUAUCCAGAUACAAUGCCGGAACUCUCCAGAGUGGUCCGACUUCCACUUGUCGAACUUAUUUCCUGCCCACGAUAUACAGUCCGUACACUUCCGGAUGUGCGAUUUACCAUCGAACACCAGCCUGGGAGAAAUCGCUAACAGGCUUGGCGCGACGAACGUGGAGCGACUAAUAUUCCAGAAGUUUGAUAAUUUGAACACGAACCUAACCAGAGAGCACCUAAAGGGAUUCCCGAAGUUGAAGAAUCUGAUUCUGUCGACGAACAACAUCGGCGUCGUCAGCGAUGACUUGUUCGCGGACAUGCCUAUGCUGAUUUGGCUCGAUCUGCGUGAUAACAAUGUCCAUCUGCCUCCUGGCAUCUUCAGAAACAUAUCGAAGCUCAAGGUUCUCGAGCUGGGUCGCAACAUGAUGAGGACCAUCGAGCCAGGUAUAUUCGACCAGUUGUCGGAUCUGCGAUUGCUGAACUUGUGGCAGAACAAGUUCACGGAGAUCGAACCGGGUACUUUCGACAAGCUCGUUUCUUUGAAGUCUCUGGACAUCAACACGAACGAAUUGAUCACACUGCCUAAGGAUAUAUUCGCGAAGCUGGAGAACCUGGAGGUGCUGAACUUGUUUGGGAAUAACUUUACGUCGUUGCCGGGGGAUCUGCUGCGACACAAUAACAAGUUGAAAACCGUGCUUUUGUAUGGCAAUAAAAAGAACAUGACGACCUUCCCGGAAGGAUUGUUCGCGAAUCUGACGGAGCUUAUGGCGGUGCAGCUUAGAAGCAACGGUCUGAAGAUACUGCCGGAAAAUCUGUUUUGGGGCUCCGUUUCGUUGAACAAUAUCAGCUUAGAGAGGAACUAUCUCGAGUCGCUUCCAAAAGACAUAUUCAAAGGCUUGAACAAGUUAUUGAGGCUGGAACUUAGUUACAACGAACUGACGUCGUUGCCCGACGACGUUUUCUCGCACACGACCAGCUUGAUCAAAUUGGAUUUGUCAAAAAAUCAUAUUAGAUCGAUAUCCAGGCACUUAUUUAAACGCUUAAAAUCGCUGCAAGUCUUAAAUAUGAAGGAGAAUCAGUUGCAAGUAAUAGAAGAUACAAGUUUUAAUAAUCUGGAGCACCUAAAGAUCGCAAUAUUUUCUAACAAUCAGCUCUCGUUUAACAAUUCGUUAGCUUUGUACCACGACGAAUAUGGGAAAAAAUCACCUUUUCAAGCUUGCACGUCCUUAAAAGAAUUGCAUCUAGCAAAUAAUAAUAUUACCGAAAUAUUUGGAGAUUGGAUUAUAAGCAGCUUGAAUCUGCGAUUGUUGGAUCUCAAGUACAAUCGGAUAUCUUACAUAUCGACCGAAGAUCUACAAUUUAUAUCCAACAAUAUCAAAGUGGAUCUAACGCAUAAUAAUAUAAAGCACAUCAACCUGAACACAGCUGAGAAGGUAGCUGGCUUUCAAACUCUCACCCGUGAUGUAAUAAUACUAGUUGAGGAUAAUCCCAUAGCUUGCGAUUGCGACAUGUACAAUUUUCUACGUUAUUUGGAAGGAGACAUGAAUCCUAGUGUGCAAAACUAUUUUCACAUAGUGCCAGGAAACUUGGUUUGCCAAAGUCCGAAAUGGAUAGAAAACGUGCCUGUGGCAAACUUGAAAUCAAAAUCAUUGAAAUGCGAAGUACUUCAUCCAUGUCCAAAACUGUGUACAUGUUGGGUGAAACCAUAUGAGAAAGCAUUCUCGAUCGAUUGUUCCUACAAGAAUUUAACAAAUGUACCAAGUAAUAUCAAGACCUUGCCUACUUAUAAAGUUGAAUUAAACUUAACGGGCAAUGAGUUAAAUAGAAUGUUACCUUUGGCAGAGAUCGGCCUGAAAAAUGCAUCGAUAUCCAAAUUGCUCUUGUCAAAUACCAAUAUAUCUAGCAUAUCUUUGAAUGAAUUGCCAUUACAUGUAGAGGUUUUAGAAUUACAUAACAAUAAUAUUAGCAAAAUGGAUUCCAAGGUAUUGCAAUUCAUGAGCAACUCGAGUACACUAAAGACACUUACGCUGCAUGGAAAUCCAUGGAUCUGUGAUUGCAAUGCUAGAGAUUUUCUAAACUUCGUGCAAACGAAAGUCGAGGAUAUUCUGGAUCCUUCGUUGAUCACAUGCAAGGAUAUGAACAUUCCAAUGUUGAAAAUGACAGCGACAGAUUUCUGUCCAACGGACAUAAUAAUGAUCAUAGGAAUUAGUCUGGCCAUAGCCCUUACAGGAUUGAUAAUUGGUUUGCUAGCAGCAUUGUACUAUCGAUACCAACGGGAAAUUAAAGUUUGGCUGUACGCGCAUCAGCUGUGCUUAUGGUUGGUAACCGAGGACGAAUUGGACAAGGAUAAAUUGUACGAUGCGUUCAUAAGUUACUCCCAUAAGGACGAAGACUUUGUUGUAAACGAGCUGGUAUCGAAGCUGGAAAGCGGUCCGAGACCGUUCAAAUUGUGCCUUCAUUUUCGUGACUGGGUGGCGGGAGAGUGGAUACCAACGCAAAUCGCUCGUUCCGUGGAUGUUUCAAAGAGGACGAUAGUAAUAUUGUCGCCCAACUUUUUGGAAAGCGUUUGGGGACGAAUGGAAUUCAGAGCCGCGCACAGCCAGGCUCUUAGCGAAGGCAGAGCGAGGGUUAUUCUGAUUUUGUACGGUGAAAUCGGUCCCACUGAUGAUUUAGAUCCAGAACUUAAAGCUUACUUAAGCAUGAACACGUACGUAAAAUGGGGGGAUCCUUGGUUCUGGGAUAAAUUGCGGUACGCGCUACCACACUCCCCAGAACUGACGAAAAAUACAAGAAGAAAAAUUUUUGAAGAACAUCAACCGAGUAUACAAAUUAAUGACGACAAAAAAGAACUAAUUUAUCCUGUCGGUGCCCCGGAGACGCCACCUGCGGCGAGUACUCCGCCGGCGGAUACCCUAAAAAUAUUUAUGGACGACGAGAAAAACGAUGUUAAAAAAGACGAUCCUAAAAAGCUGGCCGAAUCGAACGGCAAUGCUAAGUUAAUUUUUUCGCCUGAAGAAUUGAAAAAGAAUAAUUUAAUUAAUAAAAUACAAUGUACCACUGUAUGAUAAAACACACAGAUAAGGACUGAUACACGAUGUUUAGGAUUAAUCUUAUUUAAAGAGGAACCUCAUAAAUUGUUACACAACAGUCGCUGUUUACAUAUUUCAUUGCUUGAAAAUAGUAACAUUUUACUUAUAAAAGAGAAGAUUUAAAAAAGAAGGUAAGAUGUAAUAUUAUAGUUGUAAAAUAUUUCAGAUUUGUCUAAGAUAUCAGAAAUUAUGUUUGCCUAGGGAAUAAUAUGAGAUAUUUCUGUUUAAAUAAUUUCAAUCUUGAAAUUCUUAUUAGUAUGUGUUUAUGUACUUCUUUGAGCAAGUGUUAACGCGUGUUGGUAUGUAGUGCAAUGCCAAAAAUUUAUUGUUAUAUUUAUUUUAUAAAAAAUGACACAUCUGACUUAUCUAUUUUUUAAAUUCGCCUUAAUUAGUUUUUAAGUAAUAGUAUAGAAUUAAUGUUUAAGAAAAAUGGUACCCAACGACUGAAGAAAAGUCUUAGAAAAAUGCUAGACCACUGUAAAUAUGUAUCUUUUUAUAAUUUUGUAUGCAUAUGAAUUUGAAAAAUGUUAUCAUUAUCAUUUAAUCAUCAUAGAUAUAGUAUAAAUAUUCCAUCAAGCAUUUGCAGGAUAAUU